AUGGUGACUAUCGUGCUAGGCUCUCAAUGGGGAGAUGAGGGCAAAGGAAAGAUUACCGACUACCUAUCUCAAGAUGCGACACUCUGUUGCCGUGCGGCUGGUGGACAUAAUGCCGGCCACACCAUCGUCCACGAUUCGGUGACCUACGACUUCCACAUCCUCCCCUCCGGCCUCGUCUCGCCGAAAUGCAUCAACCUCAUCGGCGCCGGCACCGUAGUCCACAUCCCUAGCUUCUUCAAGGAACUGGGCGCCCUCGCAGAGAAGGGCCUCGUCGAUGCCGACAAGCGCAUCUUCAUCUCCGACCGUGCUCACGUUUGCUUUGAUCUACACUCCGUCGUCGAUGGAUUGGAAGAAGCCAAACUCGGCGGCCGCAAAGUCGGAACUACUGGAAAGGGUAUUGGCCCUUGUUACAGCGACAAGGCUGCACGACGGGGUGUGCGUGUUGGUGAGAUUUUGGAUGAGGAGGUGUUUGAGCGCAAGUUGCGCAAUUUGCAUAGCGGGUACAGGAACCGGUUUGGAGAGUUGGCGUAUGAUGUUGAGGAGGAGAUUAAUCGCUUCAAGGAAUACCGCCAAAAACUCAAGCCAUACAUCAUCGAUCAGCUCCCCUUCCUGCAAAAAUACAAAAACGACGACCGGAUACUCGUCGAAGGCGCCAACGCCCUCCUGCUCGAUCUCGACCACGGCACAUACCCAUACGUCACAUCAUCAUCCACAGGCCUCGGCGGCGCCAUUCAAGGUCUCUCCAUCAACCCCACCAAAAUCAAGAACAUCAUCGGCGUUGUCAAAGCCUACACAACCCGUGUGGGAUCCGGUCCCUUCCCAACAGAACAACUCAACGAAUUCGGCGAGAAGCUGCAAGUCACUGGUCGCGAGUUCGGUGUGACCACAGGUCGCAAGCGUCGUUGCGGAUGGUUCGAUCUUGUGCUGUGCCGUUACUCGCUCGCUGUGAACCACUACACAGCCCUCAACCUGACAAAACUCGACAUUCUAGACGAUUUUGAUGAGAUCAAGGUCGCUGUUGCGUACAAAUUACCCGAUGGAACGAGGCUAGAGUCUUCGUACCCCGCCGAUGCUGGUGUGAUUGAGAAGCUGGAGGUCGAAUACGUCACCUUGCCAGGCUGGAAGAGUAAUACCAUGGGUCUCACGAAAUACGAGGAUCUGCCCGAGAACGCACGCAAGUAUGUCGAGUACAUUGAGAAGGGUCUGGACGGUGUUCCUAUCAAGUGGAUUGGUACAGGACCUGCACGAGAGCACUUGAUCAUUCGGUAA